CGCGUCGCCUUGGCAACGAGUGAGAAAACGGUAUAGCAACAAAAAAAAUCUCCAGUGAUGCGCAGCUCAGUCACCUUGAGCAGGAUCUUCGCGCGCGCGUGAGGACCGCGGACAUCUCUACAGCGCGCGCCUUGUGUGAGAGGAAUGCGCCUUAUUUUCCCUCGCUCGAGAGCUCUUUGCGCCUUUUUCUCCGCGGAGGAGAGCCACUCGCUUUGUUCUGUCUGCACUCUCCUCGUCUGCGGAGUGGCUGCACUGAGCAGCGUUGGAGAGGAAGUGGAGGAAAAGUUGUCGCGGCGCGGACUUUGAGGUCAUAUAUGAAGAUCGGGACUGCGCGCAGACAUGCCCAUGCACCCUGUCACUUCCACUUUGAUGUACCGCGGGAUCUGCACCAUCCCGGACAUCCUCUCGUACGGGACACCGGUCAACCUACCUGAAGAUGAAGUGGAGGAGAUUCGGGAAGCGUUUAAGGUGUUUGAUCGCGAUGGGAACGGCUUCAUCUCUAAGCAGGAGCUGGGCAUGGCCAUGCGCUCUCUGGGCUACAUGCCCAACGAGGUGGAGCUGGAGGUCAUCAUCCAGAGACUGGACAUGGACGGAGACGGCCAAGUGGACUUUGAGGAGUUUGUGACGCUCCUGGGGCCGAAGAUCUCGGCGGCUGGGAUGCCUGACAAGUUCAAUGGCACAGAUUUUGACUCCGUGUUCUGGAAGUGCGACAUGCAGAAGCUCACUGUGGAUGAGUUGAAGCGUCUUCUUUACGAGACGUUUUGCGACCACUUGACCAUGAAGGACAUCGAGACCAUCAUCAUGACGGAGGAGAACCACAUCGAGAACCCUGAGGACUGCCAAGUGGACAUCGACUCCGAGAGUCCGACGCAGCAGGUGAAACAGACGUGCGUCAGGAAGAGUUUGAUCUGCGCCUUCGCCAUCGCUUUCAUCAUCAGCGUCAUGCUCAUCGCCGCCAAUCAGGUGCUCCGUAGCGGCAUGAAAUAACGAUGGCGUAUGAUCGUAAACCUGUGAACAUUCAACACCGACUGUAAACAACACUGUAAACAAAACAAAUUACACGACCACAAGAAGAUAGACUUGAGUCCCACUAAACCGCCUGGCAGUGCUGUGAUUCAAUUUGUAAUUAAUUUAAUUGCAAAUUUGUAAUAAGUAUUGAAUGGAAUCUAUUAUACACAGACACGGCUGAAAAACAAAAAGAAAAAGGAAAAAAAAAAGAUUAUUUGAUUGAAUCCACAUCCUGAUCAGGUCAUGCAACUUAAUAAACUCUACUUUACAUUGGCCUUGAUGUCCAAGAUGCAUGGAAACCUCCAACCCAGGACCCUCCUCCUCCUCCCCCUCCUCCUCCUCCUCUUUCUCCUCCUUCAGUGCAUGAAGUGAUGAAGUGAUGCAUGGACUUCCAGUAGUCUUCUAGCAUCUGUCGUUUUAUCCGUACGCCAGCGGAGGAGUCGAGGAUGUCAUCUUUAGCCUGGAAAUAUACCCUCUAUACAGCGUGUUGAUCCAUGUGCAUGACUACAAGGGCUGUUCAGGAUAUGCUCAUGUUGUGUAGUGUGUGUGUGUGUGUGUGUGCGCGUGUGUGUGUAUGUGUGUUACUUGUUGUUGAUCAGUUUCUGUGCUUUCCUACCUGUUGCACUGAGCACAUUGUAGUAAUAUUUCACACUGCCAAAGGGGGGCGCAGCAGCCCUGAAGUGUUGUCAUGGUGACAGAUUUCUUCGGAAAUGGGAACCGGAAGUUGACUACCCUUGAGAUUGAACAUAAUCAUACGACUAGCUUCUUCAAUAUCGGAUAUACCAACUGUUGUGUGUUUGUUCUCGACUGCAAAAGAUUGUAAUUGGAUUGGAUGUAGGUGAUGUCUAAUCUUAACAUAAUAAUGUAAUUAGCAAUAAUCUUAAAACAGUUCCCAUAAAAUUUCUAGUGGUUUCUUGUCUGGUUUUCUGGUCUUUUCUGGCAUCUCCAGGGUUGGGGGUUUGAUUCCUUCCUCUGCCCUCCACUGAGUCUCCAUUUCUCCCUGUGCUUUGGGGGCUUCCUCCUCCUCCUCCUCUUCCUCCAGUCCAAAGACAUACUGUAUAUUGUAGGCUUAAUGGCUCCCUGUCCAGUGUGUCCCCUGCUUCGGGUCCCGUUUGAUAGAAUCCAGGUUCCCCGUGAUCCUGUGUAGGAUAAUGCAGGGGGUGUGGUAGCUUAGUGGUUAAGGUGUUGGACUUCUGUUUUGAAAUUUGAAUCCCAGGUCCACCAAGCUGCCCCCUUGAGCAAUGUCCUUAACCCAUAAUUGCUCAGUUGUACAAAUAAGAUCAAUUGUAAUUUGCUCUGGAUAAGGGCAUGUGCCAAAGUAAAUGUAAAUAAGUGGUGCAGAUGGAUGGAUCACCAUUUCCAUGCCAUCACAAGUAAAAAAAAAAAAAAGAAGAAACAAACAAACAAAAAACCUUUGAUUAGUAAUUAGCCCAGUAAUUUGUAUUUGUAUUUCUGCUUCUUUUACAUCUCCAGUAGGGAGGGUUGGUCUUUUUCCUUCAAAAUAUGACCUUUCUUGAAAAAAAAAUUAAUUAGCUAUUUAAAUUUCUGGAAGAAAAAGAUUUUUUCCCCAACAGGGUCAUUGUUUUUAAAUAUAAAAAUGACAGUAGGAAGAAUGGUCAGUGUAGUCGAAGGUUAAUUAUCCUCCUUAGCUUCUAGCCCCAAGGGUGACGUCAGUGUGACGCGGUUAUAUAAUUGCACAGUAAGGAUCACUUUGCGAUAAGCUUCUACGAAAUAAUCAAUUACGUUUUUUUGACCUGGAUUUGGAACUGAUGAAGUGCCGUGAACAAUCUUUUGUUUUUUUGUUGCUUUCUGUGAAGCACCAAUUCUCAAAAAAAAAGAGAAAUAUACAGAAUACACAAACAACGAUAAAAGCAGGCAGACAGAUGUUUAAAAGACUAAAAAGAGUGAGCACUUUUUCCCAAAAUAACACACUGGAAAAGGAACGAUGAAAGAUUGGGUCAAACUCAGGACUUCAAGGUGUACAGCAAUAUGUCUGAUUCGAUCAAAACACGAAAGCAGCAGGAUAUAGAUUGCUUGAAGAGUCUGAACAACACACACACACACACACACACAAACUAAAUGAAAACACUCUCAAUCUCAAGAGAUGUUAACUGCAAGGUUCUCAGCUUCUGGAAAAAAUGAAGCAUGUCUGGUUCAAGAGACGCUCUUUAUGUUUGGCCAGAAGUGAAAUUGUCAAAAUUUGUGCUUUAAGAUUGAAGUUUUGCACUGACUAAAGUGAGGAGGUUAGUGUUGCUUACAAGUAAUGAAGACUUACAGCCAAAAGUUUUAAAUCUAAAUCAUCUAAAUCAUCACACUUGCUGAUCUGGUGUCUAUAAAACUGAGCUUUGUUGUGAAGAAGUAAAUCAAUUUUUUUAAUUGAUGGUGGUCAAGCAGCAGGAUCCCGCACUCUCCUUGCUGCAGCCCUGGUUCAGUUCCCGGAUAGAAAGAUAAAAUGGGAGGGUUUGGUCAAGAAAAUCAAAUCAUAUGGACCAAAUGAUCUGCUUUGGCAACCCCAUAGUUAGUAUUGGGGUUAUGAAAAAGAUUAAGACGUGUUGGGCCAUGUCUCCUACCUCAGUUACAACAAAUAUAAUGUUCCAUCACCUGAAAGAACAUUAUUUGGUGAAACUGAGGUAGGAUGCAUAGCCAAACAAGUCCUAACAAAGCAAAAUGAACUCGGACUUACAAAAACAUUGAUUUCCUUCUCAUUCACUAAUCUAUAUUGAUAAAUUGUAAUCAUGUGUAUAUGAAAAUCCAGGCGUAUCCAUUCCAUAAAAGCUUUGCAGUUACUGAUGCACACAAAACUCUGUAUAGAAAAGACACCUGAAAAAGACAAAAUAGGGAAAAAUGAUUAAAUAGUGAAUGUUUGGUGUGCGCUAAAUCCUCCAAUAAUACAGCUCAGCCACUGCAGCACAUCAGUUUACAGUCAAACAAACUUUGUCUACUUUUACAGGGUGCCAUUACUUUUGUUCUAAUAGAAUAGCUACUCUCAAUGGUCUAUUUAUUUAUGACAUAUUUAUUUCUUCAUUAUUAUAUGACUGAGUUUCGAAAAUGUUUAUUUUGUGUGUGUAAUUGAUAAAAAAGACAAUCUGCAUAUAAGAUUCCAGCACUAAUUAAUUAAUAACUAUAUAAGUAAUAUAGGAUUUUAAGCAGAUCAGUCAAGAUACUCAACUGUGAAUCUCCUUAUAUGUAAAUUUGAAUUGAACUCAUGAGCAAAAUGGAGGAAAAACAUUUCUUUGGGCUAACAAGAUUUUCAUGUAUAGCGUAGAUAUGCCAAAUGACCUACCAAUAAAUUUAGUUCUACAGUUUGGUAAAUGAUGUCUAGUAUCUUUUCAGGCAAGUGUGUGACUAUUUUCGAAAUUCUGCGCAACACUAAAGUGGUAGAUAUAAGCUUUCUUUACUUGUUAGCAACAUUGGGCUCACAGUGACAACUCAGCAUAAACAAGCAAGCUUCAAACACCAAAAUAAGGAAAAAACGAUCAAUUUUAGCAUAAAUAUCACAUCUGCAAAUCACUAUGCAUAACCCAGAACGGUCAAUCCUAUGUACAGUAAUUGUUUCCUGUCGUUACCCUCAACUACCUUUGCACUGUUGAUGCAUGAUGGUGUCGUGUCCAAGAUGGCGCGAAGCUAGACGAGUGCACUAAGUGCAUCUUACCAACAAUUUACUGUGAUUUCAGGAAACGACUUUAAUAAUUUUACGACUGUCCAGACACAAUGUAAUAUAGAGAAAAUACACUAAACUAUAUUCUGUCCAUAUUUUGAAAUAUAAAUGUAAUGUAUUAAAAAUGUAAUGAACAGUAUAUUUACUUCCUAUUUUGAAAUGUAUUCCAGAAUAUUUCAUUCUUUCGGGUGGGUUAAAAUCCCCACCAGAACAAAUUCACUCUGUUAUCCAUAAAGUAGUAUGCUGUACGUCUGGGUUUAUUCAUGACGCAUGUCCUUUUGGAUAUUGUCAAUAGGGUGGGGGGAAUAGGAUGAGGAAGGGUUAAUGUUGUGAAAUAAUUCUGUUUUGUUUUUCUGUAUAUAGCAUGCGUCCAUCGUUGUGUUUCACAGUCGAACACAGCAGAUUUGUUUGUGAAUGUUUUCCGAGUCUAUGUGCAAUGUGACCCACUGACAGCAUAAGGAGUGUAAAAUCACUGCUGUCCAAAUCACACUCACACACACACACAUACAUACACAUACACACUAAAUUGGUUGUUUUCCACACAACUUGCUAACAAUGACUAUAAUUUCUUUGCUGGCAUUAUUGUUUAUAGUAUAAGAUGUUAACACUUGUUCGUUCAUUUUCUUGGGAAGUUAAUAAGACAAAAAUUGCAGUUUAAACUAAAGCAAAGCUCUCCUUUAAGAAGACUUUCCUAUGGUGGAAAACAGAAAGCUUCAGAAUAUCAACUAUUACCUUAUUUAAACAAAACGUUGAUUAUUAGACAUGAAUUCAAUUCCUGGGAAUUCAGAUCGAAUGAUACUAUAGAAAUGCUAACAUUAGAAUGAUAUAAACCUGUGUCUUGUAGCCAGAACUACUGGCAGAGCUGCUGUUAUAGAAAAUUAAGCAACCAAUCAGAUUUGUAAAAUCAGAUUUUUAUACAAUACUUUCUAUUUAGCUGUUUAGUUAAUUAUGUUUAGCCACUCCAAGUGUCAUACUAGCCAGCUAGUUAUAUUUAGCAUCUUAAUUUAUGCGAUUGUUUUACAAGCUAGUUGUUUAAAUUUACAUGACGAGGUCCGAUUAUAAAGCUCGAAAGCAUUUCAUUUAACAGUAUUUAAGAGCAGAUGCAUGAUUUCCCUCAAACAGUAACAUUUACGUUAAUAUCCUGCCUGCAGAAAUGGAGGCCAAAAAGCAACAGACUUUUGGACCUUAAAGCUUUAGCCAGCUUUCUGUUCAUUUGACAUUAAGACAUUAAGACAGUAUUAAAAGACAUUAUGUCUUUAAUGACACAGUAAAUCAGAAGGACUGGUCUAGCUGAAAUAUGCAACAGAUACGUACUUACAGGGCAUGAUCUCUAUUUUCGAGCAGAAUCUGGUGAGGGGGCAGCAGUGUUCAUUCGGUAUUUGGUGUUACUGUAUUAGCUAAAACACUGUUUGUAUUUCCAUGUGGAACUAUAUAAAGAUAAAAACAAGAAAAGUUGGAGUUAAACGAAGUAAGAAUGUUUAUCUGAGAGUGUGGAGUGCAUGUAGGACAAUUAUGUUUUAGAAACAGAUCAGCUGUGGGUUGUGUACAAAGUGUACAUGACCUUGAGGUGCUGUUUGGGCCAUUGUUCAAAUUACAGUUCAUACACACACACACACACACACACACACACUGUUGUUACAGUCACUGCUUUAUGUCACACAUGCGCACAACAAGUUUUUACCACUUUACCUCUAACAUAAGGAAAAUGCUCUCACUUUGCCGCUUUACCUCACAGUUACACACAAUUUGCUCUCGCACUAGCUUCACUAGCUAGAGAACUAGUUUCACUAGUUUUACCUCACAAACUGAUGUCAAAUUGAACAGAAAUCGCUCUUAUUCAACUAUACCCUCUACCAUUGAUCAAAAUUAAUCAUUUUUCUUAGAAGGACAAUGGUAGAUAUUAGAUUCUGAAUAAGAUAUAAUGGUGAGGUAAAAUGGUGAACAUGAGAGUGUGUGGAUGUGGAGAAAUGGUUGAAUUUGCAAGUUUGUGGACAUUUAUGAGGUUAAAUGAUGAAUGUGAGGUAAAGUGUAGAAUGGGAGUUGUUUUUGUGAAUGUGUGAGGUAGAAUUCUUUGAAUUUUUUGACUGCUGUGUGUGAAUACCCAAGCUAAAAUGUGAAUGUGAGUGUUUUAUAUGAAUAUCUGAGGUAAAUAAUGCAUAUGACUGUUGUGUGUGUGUGUGAAUGUGUGAAAUAAAAUUGUGAAUGUUAGUUUUGUGUGAAAAUCUGAGGUAAAAUUGAAUUUGCGAGUGUUGUGUGUGAAUGUGUGAGGUAAAAUUAUGAAUGCGACUGUUUUAAGUGACACUCUGAGGUAAAUAAUGAAUAUGACUGGUGUGUGAAUGAAUGUGUGAGGUAAAACUGUGAAUGUGAGUGUUUUAUGCGAAUAUCUGAGGUAAAUAGGGAAUAUGACUGAUUCGUGUGUGAGGAAAAAUUGUGAAAGUGAGUGUUUUAUGCAAAGGUUGAAUGUAAAUAUAGCUGUUGUGUGUAUGAGGUAAAACUGUGAAUGUGAUUGUUGUGUGUGAAUUUCUAGCUAAAAAGGUGAAUAUGAGCAUUCUGUGUGAAUGUGUGAGGUAAAAUAGUAAAUGGGAUGUGUUUUUGUGCGAAUGUCUCAGGAAAAAUAGUACAUCAGAGCAUUGUCUGGGAAUGUGUGAGGUAAAAUGGUAAAUGUGUGCAUUUUCUUUAAGUUAAAAUGAGGAUGUUUGUAUGUUAGAGCAAAGGUUUGACUAACGGCACCUCUAAAAAGAAAACCUUGUGUGUAACAGCUGCAUUUCUGGAAUAUUCUUUGUUGGGGUUUUUUUCCCAUGGUUUGCGUUAUCUGUCCCAUUGCUGUUCCAUAUGCGCUGAAGCAAUACAUCAAUUGUUGAGGCAGGUACUGCAUAUAUGGACAACUGUGUAAAAAAGCUCUCUGAGAUUUCAAGGUGCGAGAGCUGAACAAGAGCAGUGGGAUAUUUUAUUUUCUUAUUGCACUUUAAAAAUACUAUUAUACACAAGUUUAAUGAAUUCACAUUGUCAGUGGAUCAAUGAUUAUUGUAGAAAUACUGUAUAUGUAUAUACUAAAUAAGUUUUCUAUUAUAUAAAUGUUUGUUUGUAGGUAACAUGUCCAUGUCCAAAAUGAUUAUUUGUUCAAAAGAUGGCAAUAUAUAUAAAGCAGGCCUAAGAGGUUGGAUGUUGUGUAGUUUUGUGGGAUAAAGUACAAAUGUUUGUCAAAGGCAGUACUUGGUUUAAAUAACUAAAUACUUGAGACUGAGAUGUUUGUUUCUUAUUUAUUUUUGGCCCAAACAGAAUUCUUUUGUAUUCAUUGUUUACAAUUAUAUUUCUUUAUUGAAAUUUUAUUCUAAACUCUGUUUAGUUUUAUUUUGGAUUAUAUGUAUAUUUUUAUUAUUUUUUUUAGCCAUAAAUAUAUUUAUCGACGCACUUUGACAUGCUGUUUCCGAGCUUGGGUAAAUCUGAUAUGUGAUAUGUACGUGUUGGGUCCAGCCUGUGAAGUGUGUUUACUGCGUCUUCCUGUAACACUGUAUCUGACAAAGAAUAAAAAGAAGGCCAGACAAACUGGCCUCGUGCAGUACUAUACACUUUUGUAAUAACACAACAUGAGAAAUGAGUUUGUGUUAGUUUGUCUCAACUUGCUGUAAAGUCAGCAUCUUGGACACUUUCCCAUAAUGUUUUGUGUGUUGUUGUAUAGACACUAUUAUGAAGAACGGGCAAAAUAUGAGAUGGAUUUCUAUCACAUACACAAACUAAACAAACUGUACUUAUGCCUUACAAUCUGCUAUAAAACUCAAAUUCAUACAUGAUUAGCCAUAAAUGCAUUCACACAAUCCAUCUGUUUAUGCAGUUUAUAAGAAUGGCUCUGUUAUGCUGUGGGGGCAGUUAUUUAUUUCUCUCGCAUGGUUUGUCUCCAUUUGUCUCCUUAAAGUCUGAUUCCUAAUAUGAAAAAGUUUUUAUUCUGAUGGGCGUGGUCUCUUGUAAAAUGACUCCACCCCCAGGGCUCAGUGAAUGGUUUUAUGAGGAUGAAAAAAAAAAGUAAUGAAACAAUUUUAUUCUGAUGGGCGUGGCCUCUUGAAGUAUGACUCCACCCCCUGGGCUCAGCGAAGGGUUUUAUAAGAAUGAAAAAAAGUGAUGAAACAAUUUUAUUAGGAUGGGUGUGGCCUCUUGUGAAAUAACUUCAACCCUUGGGCUCACUGAAUGAUUUUAUGAGAA